AAAAUGGACUACAAAAGAAAAUUGUCCCCGUCCGCAGCCAUGGCCAGUGAUAGACUACUUUCUUCUCUCUCUCUCUCUCUAUAAAAUUUGAAGCCCCCACCUCGCUUUCUGUCGACAUCUCUGUAUUCUACGGAGCAGCCCUAUCAUCGCCAUAGCCAUAGUCAAGAUUUUCAUUUCAACAACUGAAGAGCUCUUCUUUGGGGGGCACAUCAUGUCGAUGGCAAAAUCCUCAUCCUUGCUAGCUCCCAUUGCCAAAAGGCUGGAAGGCAAGGUGGCAGUGAUCACCGGUGGUGCCAGUGGCAUGGGCGCCGCCACUGCCAAGCUCUUCGUACAACACGGCGCCAAGGUUGUGAUUGCCGAUGUCCAAAACGAACUCGGCCACUCGGUGUGUAAAGAGAUUGGCUCAGAUGAAUCCAUCUCCUUUGUCCGCUGCGAUGUUAGCAAUGAGCAGGACGUGCAACAUGCAGUAGAAACUGCAGUCGCGAAGCAUGGCAAGCUAGACAUAAUGUUCAGCAAUGCCGGAACAGAGGGAAGCAUCGAAUCAACGAUCGCGGCAAGCGAUGGCCAGAACCUCAGGAGGGUGCUCGACGUGAACCUGUUCGGGGCAUUCCACUGCGCCAAAUACGCCGCCAGGGCAAUGAUCCCGGCCAAGCGUGGCAGCAUCGUAUUCACCUCCAGCUCUGUCAGCGACAUUGCCGGGCUGACACCCCACGCCUACACGGCCUCCAAGUACGCUGUGCUGGGGCUCACGAAGAACCUGUGCGUCGAGUUGGGACAGCACGGGAUCAGAGUGAACUGCAUCGCCCCACACGCCAUGAACACGGGGAUGUUCAGGAGGACGAUGGGGGUAAGCAACGAGAAGGCGGAUGAACUGCUCUGUGAAGCGGCAAACUUGAAAGGGGUAGUGUUCGAAGCAGAGCAUGUAGCAGAGGCUGCACUUUACUUGGGAAGCGACCAGUCGAUGUAUGUGAGCGGGCUGAACAUGGUGAUUGACGGAGGCUACAGCACCACCAAUCCGAGUUUGGCGCAGGUUGUGAGGAAUUCCCUCCAGCUGUAGUGAGAGCCAGUUUGUAUUUUAGCAAGGCAAGGAUGAAGUUGUAGAAUUUUUUACUUUGUCUUGUCUAAUUAUGGGUAUUCCUUUUCUUUGUCCCAAAAUGACUGAUGUGAGAUUCAGUUGACCCGUUUUUCAAAGACAUCAAGGAUGUUAUGUAUUAAUAAGACCAAGCUUUGGCUA